AUGUUGGACAUCAGUGGGGAGCCCCGGCUAGGGGUGACCCGCAAGACCCAGGAAUGGAACGCGAUGCUGAUCCGCCCCGAGAUUGGGAAGGUUCGGAAGCCUACUCGGAAGCUGCCCGGGCAGGAGCACGCGUACGGGAUCAACAUGGUACAAGACCCGGAGAACGCAAAAGAAGUCACGAUGGUUUGGAAGGAGCACGAGCCCAAUCCUGACAACAAGCCGGGCCCCGAUUUCAUGGCCAUGAACCUGGCAUCUAUCAAGAGUGAGUGCACGACGGCGUCGGAGACCCGGAUUUUCCGCGAGACGCACGACAUCCGGAUAAAGCAGGGCAGCCCCACAAAGACGCGCCGCGAGCCCCUCAUCCCGUCCGACUACAAUCCGGAGCACGUGUACGGACGCAGCACGCUCGUGCGGACGUACGCAGAGAAGCAGUGGCUUUCUUGUGACACGCCGAUCAAGAAGCUGAUCCAGAACGACUACGGCGACGAGUGGAUUCGCAUGAACGAGGCGCGCCAGGAGGAGCUCAACCGACAGCACGAAAAAGUGCCGCCCAAAACCACCAGGGCCGCGCUGGGCCACGCGAGCAAGGCAAAGCUGGUAGCGGAACAGCAGCAGCCGAAGGAGCGGUUCGUGCUGAGCAAGUUCAAGAACGUGCCCACCAAGAUCGACAACAAGCAGACGCUGCCGCUGCAGCGAGAUUGA